CCCAUAAUAAAUAAGCCAUCCGUAUAAUAAAUAAGCCAUCCAUAUAUAUAUUUCAUCGACACUUUUGUGGGUUUGUCCCCCACAGGCAAACUUAAAUGUUUUUCAUCACUCCAACUCUCAUCCAAACACUUGAAACUAUCAAACUACUACUACACUAGCACUGAUACUGUACUAGAUGGAUUCGAGCAAGAAAAAUGUGUUUUCUCACUAUUCUGAUACACUUCCUAGUGGGUCAGGUUUCUCAUCCAAAGAAGUAGCGGAAUGCUCAUCGGCGUCAGAUAGGGGCACUGGUGCUCAUCCAGCUGCAAUCUGCUCUGACGACGAGCUUUUGUUGGCUUCAAGGAAUCCGAAGAAGAGGGGAGGGAGGAAGAAAGUAAAGGAGACUCGGCACCCAGUGUACCGAGGUGUAAGGUGGAGGAACGCCCACACCUGGGUCUGCGAAGUGCGCGAGCCCAAUAAGAAGUCGAGGAUAUGGCUCGGUACAUUUCCAACAGCGGAAAUGGCUGCCAGAGCUCACGACGUUGCUGCCAUUGCUUUGAGAAAUCGGAUGGCUUGUGUCAAUUUUGCUGACUCGGUUUGGAGGCUGCCCGUUCCGGCUUCAUUGGAUCCCAAGGACAUUCAGAAAGCAGCAGCCGAGGCGGCUGAAAUGUUUCGGCCACCGUUGUUGGAGGAGAAGAAGGAUGUUCCAGGUGACGUGGCAAAGCCAGAAGAGGAUGCGACAUUGACAACGACUGCAACUACAACAGCAACUGAAACUGCGACUGAGACGACAAUGCCGGAGAAUUUGCUUUUCAUGGACGACGAGGCAAUUUUCGGGAUGCCGGGAUUGCUUGCAAACAUGGCAGAAGGGUUGAUGCUACCUCCUCCACCGCCUCACUCUGAAGGAGGAGACUGGUACGAGGGUGAUGACGCGGAACUUGGUGACGACGUGUCACUCUGGAGCUUCUCAAUUUAAAAUCUGACUUGUUUUCGCUUUGUAUAGUCAGACACAGAUAUUUUUAAAAUCUAGAUAUUUUUCAAAACCUUACUUUUAAUAUUUUGGGUGCAACAGCUCAGUCUGGGGUUGCUGCGCGCGUGGUGCGCAGCACUAAUUGUUCUGCAUUUUAUUGGAUUUAUUUUAGAAUUUGAUUCGAUAAUUUAAAUUAUUCAUAUUUUAGAAGGUAUUAAGUAAAAUAUAUUGGUAAAAAAUCACCUCAAUCGAAUAUCGUUAUCUCUUUCAUCAAAUCACGUUUGUAUUGAUUUUUAUAUUUCAAAUUAUAUUUAUUUUUUUAAAUAUAAAUGAGAUUUGAUGAAAAAGUUAACGAUAUCUGAUUGUCGUAAUUUUUUACAAAUAUAUUUUAUUUGAUACUUUAAAAAGUAUGAACGAUUUAAAUUAUUAAAUCAAGUAUUAAAAUAAGCCCAAUAAUAUACGCAACAAUUGUUACUAUGCAUCAUACGCAGCAGCAACCCAAACUCGCAACCACUAGGAAAAUCACAAGAAUAUGAUAAUAUGAAGACCAAAAAAAAAAAAAUAUAUAUAUAUAUAUAAAAGAUAAAGAAAUGGAAAAAGACAAAAAAUAGAUAUUUCUUAAAGUGCAAGUAGGAAAUUACAAGUAUUUGGAAAAAGACAAAAGAUGUGUGCUCUGUGUAAUAUAAUCAGAAAUUAUCUUAAUCUGAAUUUUACUUUGGCGGAAUGCCCUAUCACUAGCGGGGAUUAAAAACUAUAUGACGCUAAAAAUAAAAAAUAAUGAAGAAAUGAUAUAAUUUUAUUAGAUGGACACAUAGCUAUGUAAUCUUCCUUGUCAUUGAAUAAUUUCUACAUCAGCAGAGAUUUAUUAGUAGUGUAGUGUGUAGUAUGUAAAACUGUAAAAGUAGUUAUCAAUAAAAGGGAUAUUAGUCGUUGUUGUUAAACAAGCGGUUCCAUUUGAGGGCGAAGGUCCAAUCAGACAAUCCUUCAGUUAGAUA